AUGCCUAGUUCACGUGAUGACGAUGUUUAUCAAGCUAAAUUGGCUGAACAAGCCGAACGUUAUGAAGAAAUGGUUGAAUCCAUGAAAAAGGUUGCAAAAAUGGAUCAAGAAUUAACAGUUGAAGAACGUAAUUUACUUUCUGUUGCUUAUAAAAAUUUAAUUGGUGCACGACGAGCAUCAUGGCGUAUAAUUACUAAUAUUGAAAGCAAAGAAGAAAAUAAAUCGGAAAAUAGUAAAAUGGCAUUAAUUAAAAAAUAUCGCUCUCAGGUUGAAAAAGAAUUACGUGAUAUUUGCCAAGACAUUCUUGAUUUACUCGAUAAAAAUCUUUUACCAAAUGCUGCAUCAGGUGAAAGCAAAGUUUUCUACUUAAAAAUGAAAGGUGAUUAUCAUCGUUAUAAAGCUGAAUUUGCAACACAAGAUGAUCGUAAAGAAGCAGCUGAAAAUUCUCUUAUUGCAUAUACAAAAGCUAAUGACAUAGCACAAAAUGAAUUACCACCAACACAUCCAAUACGACUUGGUUUAGCAUUAAAUUUUUCGGUAUUCUAUUAUGAAAUUCUUAAUACACCAGAACGAGCUUGUCGAUUAGCUAAACAAGCAUUUGAUGAUGCAAUUGCUGAAUUAGAUACACUCAAUGAAGAUACAUAUAAAGAUUCAACAUUAAUUAUGCAACUUUUACGAGAUAAUCUAACAUUAUGGACAACCGAUAUGCCGGGUGAAACUGAUAAUGCUCAUAAUGAAGUUCAAGAUGUUGACGAUGAUCAAAAGUGA